AUGGGUCCCAGAGCAGGGGAGGUGCAGGUGAGUGCCAGUGGUCAAGGUGAGGUACUUGCUCUGUGCCUGGAGCCAGGGGCUCGCCCGUCCCACCCCAGAGGGGACCCCUCAGCACCCAAGUCCGACGCAGCGCACUGUCAGCUCCGGGGCUUCAGGCCUCUGCUGCCUGGGCCGCACCCUGAGGAGCCGUCCCACCUCUUUCUUCAGGGUCAGCCCGACACAAAUGCCAUCCCCCUGGGUCAGAGGGGUGAGCUCUGGAAGCUGGAGGAAGACCCGGGCCCGGCCCAGGGCCUGGUGGAGGCACAGCUGUCGGGGGCUGGGGAGGAGGAGGUCCUCCGCGCCCCCUCCUCCUUCUCCGCCUCGGCCUCCUCCCAGUCCGCCGCCCCAUCUGGCCCCUGCUCUGCCCUGUUUCUGGUCCCCAGGGAGGAGGGGUCUGCUGCUGGGUUCCAGAGUCAUCCCCAGAGCUCUCUGAGUGCCUGCCCCUCCCCCACUGCCCGGGCAGCCACUGCCUGCAGCCAGCCUGACCAGGGCUCCAGCAGCUCCGAUGAGGAGGGGAUGAGCCCCUGGGAGGAGCCGGAAGUCACCCAACCCUGUCUCCAGGACAAACUCCACCUGAAAGUGGCUGCCCUGGUAGGGUUCCUGCUCCUCAAAUACUGCAACAAGCAGCCGACCCGCCAGGCAGAGAUGCUGGGGAUUGUCAGCAAAGAUUACCAGGACUUACCAGUGAUCUUGGGCCAAGCCUCCGAGUGCAUGCGGCUGGUCUUUGGCGUGGAUGUGAAGGAAGUGGACCCCAGCGACCACUCCUACGUCCUGGUCAACGUCCUGGGCCUCACCUGUGAUGGGAUGCUGAGCGGUGAGCAGGGCAUGCCCAAGACCAGCCUCCUGGUGCUGCUACUGGGGGUGAUCCUUGUGGAGGACAACUGUGACCCUGAGGGGGAGGUGUGGGAAGUGCUGGGGGUCAUGGGGUUGUUUGCUGGCAAAGAGCACAUCAUCUUUGGGGAGCCCAGGGAGCUCCUCACCAAAGUCUGGGUACAGGAAGGGUACCUGGAGUACCGGCGGGUGCCUGGCAGCGGCCCUGCCCGCUACGAGUUCCCAUGGGGUCCCAGGGCCCACGCCGAAACCAGCAAGUUGCAAGUGUUGGAGUAUUUGCUCCGGGUCAAUCGCAGGCAUCCCGGUUCCUCCCUGAUCCUGUCUGAAGGAGCUGUGAGUGAUGAGGGAGAGGGGGUCCGAGUCCCAGUGGUGGCCAGGCCCUUUCCAGGCUUUGGUGGGGUCGGCAGCUUCUCCUGUGGGGUGCUGGGCAUGAAGUGA